AUGAUUAUCAAGCGCAAUUCAAUUUCAAAUGCCCGGGACUUUGAGGCAUUGACUGAAACAUUCAAGCAGAGACCUUGUCUCGGCGAUUGUUGCUAUCAAUCACGACCGCCUCUCCUGCUUUCUGCAAAACUCAUGGUUCCUUCGAUGAGUCGACGGGAGAUGUCAGAGGACAUCCUUGUCAUUAACACCAUCUUUCACCUGCAAAAUGAGCGAAUAGAUACCGAAAAGAAUAUAGGAACCAAAAGCGAAACAGCAGCUUGCAAUAAUGAACAAGUGCAUAUUACUUAUGGGUCACCAGUAUUAAAUAGUAUUGAUGAGUUAUCUUUUCAAUUAUUUCAACGUGACGAAUUGAAGAAACGUGAUAAAGAAGAAAGGACUUCAUCAUUUUAUCAUGUUUUAAGUAAAGAAGUAUGGAAGUCAUUGACCACACGAACAAUUUCUAACCUCUUAAAAGAAGGAAAAAGUAACAUUUUAGAUAUUGGAUGUUCGUCGGGUGGAUGGUUAUUAGAUAUGGCUGAUGAAUUUAAGAAUUCUGUGUUUGUUGGAUUAGAUAUUAAAGCUGCUGAAUUUCCUAAAGACUCACCGCCAAAUGUUGCGUUUAUUGAAUGUAAUGUGUUGGAUCAAAUUCCAUUUCCCGAAAACACAUUUGAUUAUGUACAUCAAUCGGGGAUGUUACCAUCAUAUAAAGCAAAUGAAUGGCGAGUAGUCCUACGCGAUAUUGUCCGAGUAUUAAAACCAGGUGGAUAUGUAGAGAUAUCAGAGCUGGACUUUCGAUACAAUAAAGCGGGGCCUGUAACGAAGAAGAUUCAUCGAGCUUACCAGCAAUAUAUUGAAUCGAAGGGUCAAUCAUGUUCGGUGACACCGUAUUUAGAAGGAUUCUCGCGAGAGAUUUCCGAAAUGAAAAGUGAGCAGCAGGAGGUUGCUAUUGGUUCUUGGGGUGGAAAUAUUGGUGAAACAAUGCUACAAAAUCAUCUGAAAGUGUAUCGAGAUCGAACUAUCGCUCAAAACUUGGCGUCGAUACUGGAAAUGACUGAACUGGAGUACAUCAAUCAUGUCAAUCGAAUGCCCAACGAAUUUUUUCAUUACCGAACAACGUGCCCUUAUUUUCGAGUACUCGCGAAAAAAGUCUCAAGUAAUAAUAGAAGCAUGGCGUUGAGCAGCAGCAAUAAUUUUCACAGUCAGAAUGGAAAUAUGGAUUUAGACGGUCGCAUAGCUACGAUUCGAAUAAUAAAUGGUCAUAACAAUGAAAAACAUUCAUUCACUGAAGAAUGA